AUGUCUCACCUCGUCACCACCAUCUGCCGCUCAUACCCAUGGAUGAAAGCUCCAUUUGUCGUCAGUGCCCCGAUGCGGGUAAUGUCCGGCCCCACACUGGCAGUCGCUGUCUCCCGCGCAGGCGGGCUUGGAUUCAUCGGGCCGGGUGUCAAGACUCAAGACAUCAGCGUUGAUCUCGAGGAAGCAUCGACCUUGAUAAAAUCGCUCUCUACGCCCCAAACCCAGCCUUCUUUGCUGCAAAGCCAACCCAAUCUCCCCGUUGGCAUCGGCUUCCAACUCUGGAACGACGACAUCGAAGUCGCCGUCUCCACAAUAACCAAACACAAGCCCUGCGCCGCCUGGCUCUACGCCCCCCGCAACGGACAAAAAGACCUAGAUACCUGGUCCCGGCGGAUCCGGCAUGCAUCCCCCUCCACCCGCAUCUGGGUCCAGAUCGGCACGCUAGCUGAAGCAAGGGAGCUCGCACAGGGCAUUGAACAACCAGACGUGAUUGUCGUGCAGGGGGCAGAAGCCGGCGGCCACGGGCGGGUAAACGACGGUCUGGGAAUUAUGGCACUCCUCCCGGAGGUGAUGGACAGUCUUCCACCGCACAUCCCUGUGUUUGCAGCUGGGGGCAUAGCUGAUGGACGUGGCGCGGCGGCGGCGCUCUGCCUCGGGGCUACCGGCGUGGUGAUGGGGACGCGGUUCCUUGCAGCUACAGAGGCGAGGAUUAGUCCUGGUUAUCAGCGGGAGAUUGUGCGGGCGAGUGAUGGCGCCGUCUCGACGACGAGGACGUUGCUGUAUAACCAGCUGCGGGGCACGGUGGGCUGGCCGGAAGAGUACAGUCCUCGGACGAUUAUCAACAAGUCGUUCAUUGAGCAUCAGGCGGGUCGGUCAUUCGAUGAGCUGAAGACGCUUCAUGAUGAGGCUCUCAAGGCGGGAGAUGCUGGGUGGGGACCGGAGGGAAGACUGGCGACGUAUGCUGGUGCUGCGAUUGGGCUGAUCCAUGAUGUGAAAAACGCUGAGGCGAUUGUCCAGGAUGUCCAGACAGACGCCCUGCGGAGGCUCUCAAUGGUGCAAAAGGCCAAUUCGGUGCAGUAG